AUGACGACAAUGCCCGCCUCCGAGGGAACAGACCUCGACGCCGAGAUUGCAGAACUAGAAUCUCAAGGCAAAUAUUGCACUGCUUUCCAUUCCCAAGCAGGCUGCUCAACCAUUCUCUCGUCCACGACGACUCAGAGCCUGCUCCAAGCCAGCUCACCUGCUUCCUCUUUUGCAUCGCCGUACCCACCUUCAAGCAUCGCUCGACGAGCCAGACGAGCCGACCCAUCAAGAUCCAACCUCGCCUCCCACGCCACUGAGCAACGCGCAUACACCCAGCAAUGCAUCUAUCGUACCGCCGCACCCGUCACGGCCUUCAAGGUUCACGACCCAGACCCCAAUGCUGUCGAUGGCGGCCACGUUCUCGGUCUGCGUCUCGAAGUCAUGUCUCGCGGCCACUUCCUCCGCCCCUACUACGUCAUGCUCAAUCGCCCCUUUUCCUCCGGCAAGCACCUCCGUGUCCACCGUCACACGGUGCCGCCUGCCGUGCCGCUUGCCGCCUUCGCCGCCCGCCACCUACCGCCCCCCACGUCCGAUGCCAACGACCAGUCGUCUCCGCCUCGGCAGGACCUCGACCGCUUCGUCCGCGCCCUGCGGAGGGAGGUGACGCGGUACCAUAACCGACUCGGUGUAUCGGCCGAUCUGCGACGGCGCCUCGGCCUGCGAGACGGUCCAGAAUCCCGACCUCGGCACAGCAGCUCCAUCGUCGACGUCAGUGUCGCGGACAUCGAAGCCAAGCAGAUCAAGCUCACGUGGGCGGACGAAAGGAGCGGGCGGCUCAUCAUGGACGACGACGGCCACAUCAUGAAGCUCGUCGUCUUUGGUAGAGACGGACGCGACUGGGAAACAACAAAGGAGCUCGUAUUCGGGAAACGAAACCGCAUGGAGGAUAUCGCGCAACGACUAGAAGAUCGCGGCGCAGCAUGA